AUGCUGACGCUGGAGGAAGUCGACUUCAAAACAGUGGAAACAUACCAGUUAAAACAGUGGAAGAAGCCGAAACGCCUGAAAUUAUGUCUAAAGUGCUCUCCUCGGAGAUCCAGCAUUAUCUACUCGUGGAAGAACCCCGGCGCUGAGGGUGUGGCCUUCUUAGACUCUAAUGAGUGGUCCAGAUGCAGAGUGGGUGGCGCAUGCGGAUCACCGUGGUCUGAGUUCUGGGAUGUCGAUGAGCUAGCAAGUGGUCGAACGCGUCAAGAAGGCGAGACUGCUUCGCCAGAGAACACAGAUUUGCACAAGCAGCAGAAAGCGAGCGAGCUCACACUGAUCAAAGCAGACAGAAACCAUGAUCAAGUGAAGAAUUUUGAGCGAAUGACUGUGUGUGGGGCAUGCGACGCAUUAAUGGUCACCUUACAAGAGGUUGAUCAGAUCACGAUCCUCAACUACAAGGAGCAGAGACUCGCCCUGCCACGAAGACUAGUAUUGUGUCGUUCUUGCUCAAUCACAACUUUUGGUGUUGUCUAUUCGUGGAAAGGAUGGCUCCGCGACGCGGUGGAUCAAGACGGUAGCUGGGCGUUAUGCCGGAGACCUAAGAUCUGUCGCGCAGAUAUUGUGCACUUUUGGGAAGUGCAUCAAGAGGGAACGUCUCACAAUUGCCCUUCUCUGUUGAUCAACAACGACCAACGUGCUGAAGACAAUAGUGUUAGCAAUCCUGCCAUUAGCACUGCAGCAAAACGCCCAAGACAAAACAGUGAUCUAGGCGAACAACACCAUAAACUAAAAGCGCCACGAUUGGACGUUCCUCUCGGAAUACCAGAUGUCCAAGACGAAUUGAAUGCUAGUCUUGGAAUCCACGUUGAUAGGAGCCUGAAGAUAACUUAUGUGCCGCAGGAACACCCAGAUGAGCUCAAACAGAGGGAGAAUUGGACGAUGAAAGUGUAUUUCUCUGGACUUGGAUAUCAGAGCCAGCUCAUCGGUACCGGCAUGGGCGACACAAAAAGCAUAGCUGCGAGCAAUGCAGCUCGCGACGCUCUGCAAAACCCUUUACUUGAAGAAAUCAAAGCAAAGCGUGUUGCUUUGUCGCAACUUGCGAAUUCUCAGGAGGAGGAAAGCCGUGAGCCCCUUGCAGAGGGAACCGGGUCACGAGCUGCUGGCGACGCGUUGCAGGACACUCAGCCAGCAAGACGAGCUUCAGUCGCUUCCAGGAGACCUGUUCCAAGCAGGACGAAUUCGAUUGACAUUUUUACAGAACGAAAUUCUAGAAUCUGGAACAGCCUGUCAUGGGAGCGAGGAGAGCCAGAUACGGAUAGUCCUUCAACAAGCGUGAGCUUUGGGAUACUGGACACGGCCCCCACAACUGGUGUUGUUGCCUUGGCUGAAAGAGACCAGAGCAAGGAGAGCAGGAAAGAGAACGUACCCAUUCACGAGAGUACCGUUGUACCGAAAGAGGGUUUGGUGCAAGAGGAUGACCCUCAAGCACUCAGUGACAAACUGUCCGCUAGUAGUACUGCUUCUGACACAAGCUCAGACCUUAAGCAGCAGGCUUCUACACAGAUAAGUUCUGUAUUGGAAAACAAGCCUCAGCUCAAGCUCCAAACCCAAGAUCCGAGGAGGAGACGUGAUCCCCUACUGCUAUCGAACAUCAACGUUUCAGCGAAAGAGGGCGAUGUAAAAACUACUAUGCAACAGCAACAGAAGAGAGAUGAUACCGAGCAGUGCCCUUUAGCAGUCGGGGAGGGACGCGAGAGUGAUAUAGAUUUGCGCAGAGCACAAGAACUGUUGGAGAAAGUUCAAACCGAAGGUGAAGGCUCAUUGAACGACGUUGAAGCUGCCGAAAUGAUGGCACUUCUCAGCAAGCACAGUAAAGACUACCACAUUGGUGUGGAAGAACCGCGCCACAGCAAUAUCCAGCAGACUCACGCACACUUGGAAGAGGUCAGCUCCGUGGCUAUGUCAUCCCCACUACCACCGCCUCCUCCUUCUCCUCCACCACCACCUCCACCGUCAGCACCAGGGCUACCUUCUCCUGCUCGUUCACCCUCUAUUGAGACACGUGAUAGGAGAACGAACCAAGAACACCUUAAGGACCAACGGACAGAGAAGCCGAGCGUACCUGACACAGAACUAUUCACCGAAACAACGGAAGGCCUCGAAGACAUCUCGACAUCUACUGAACUAGCGCCAGAUGUUACGACUCCAGUGGACACUGUGACAGGUCCAUCGAUCCGAGGUCUCAACAACUCUGACGUUGCCGCAUCUGCUACCAUUAUACAGUCCGUGCCCAUGUCGCCAUUAGCUUCCUUAUCACCUGAAGCAACAGCGCCAGACGACGUCGAAUCAACAAGUUCGACAGUCAGCAAGAUAGGUCAGACCACCUACGUUGACAGUUUUGGGCUAUUGCGUGUACAUCCCGAUCUGCUGCGGGCAUUUGGCAUUGAGCCUCACGUUUGA